ACAACGUUGACACUUCAAAUUCCUCGAGCUGGGCUGAAAACAGCUGUGCAUUUCGAACUCAGUGACGUCGCUCGUCCUGACUCGGCACCGUCACUUGAGACCGUCAUUCAACUUUGUCAGGGAAGUGAUGGAGUGCGUUUAAGGGGACUGGCCGUGUAUUCAAACCUCACAAAUGGAUGUGAACCGAUCCAUGAUGUACGCAGUAAAAUACAAGUCCACAAAAUCGCCCUUGUCACAGUUGUGAACUUCGAACCUCCAUGUACAUUGCAAGACAUAGCAGUAAAUUCACAGAAUGCAGGAUACUUCGCGCUCAUAUUAUUUGGAGAUAACGUGCAGUUUUUUGGGAUCCAAUUCACUCAAAAAGUAAUGAUCCCUGUUAUGACGGCGGCGCGGUACCCUGACAUACAGCUAGAGAAUAUACUGAUUGAGGCAGACCUAACCGAGACUGUAUUAAGUCUACCGUCAGACGUAGACACAGCUGACUUAAGUAAGAUGGAAACGUACUUUGAAUAUCUCUUCUGUUGGGUACUUGUGGGUCCUUCAAUUACAUUGGUAUGGUUAAUACGAAAAAGAAAACUUUGUUGGAUGUCUGAAAGGCGAGCGAAUGAGAACGAGAAUGAUGCCGAAACUGGACCUCGAAUUACGGAAGAAAGCCGUGAAACUGCAGAAACUGAGGUGUUUAAUCAACGCCCAGAAGAAACAAGUGAAAUUCAUGAUUACAGUCACGGAGAUCAAGAGCAAAUUAUUCCUCUUACCUCUGCGCAAACUGGCCAUACAAGACAACAGCACGGCACAGGAUUUGUAGCCAAGAUCAAAAAGUAUUGUUACAGAGGCUUUGUCAUUAUCUUUACUUGUAUUUUGUAUAUGAUUUUGAUCAUUGCAGCACUUCCGCUUGGUAUAUCUAUUCCUGGUGGGUUCUCUUUCUUUAGAUUCGAUGAAGUGCUAACGUUUAAAGUACUAGGGGGCAUUGAGAAUGGGGGUUGGGCUAUAUUUAUACCCCCAAAUGAUACUGGUAACUGUUCUUUUUUGGUCAACUUUUCAGAUAUUCUGUUUUUUCCUUUACAGCUGUAGAUUCGCUUGCAGUACAACUUGGGUCAUCCCCACCAACUUUUCAAAAUUGAUUCGAAGCGAGUGGUUUGCGUCAAACAUUUACUUGCUGGUUUUAGCUGUGGUAGUACCAUAUUGUUCUAAUUCAGCCUCACCGAUGAGAUUCACUUAUUUUGCAACAUAUAACACCAUUUGCACAGUUAGUAAUUUGCUUUUCAUAAUCACUGUAAACAAACACAAAUUUGUCACGCGAUAUGUUUUCUACAUCAGCGUAUGUAUGAUUUGUGCAUAUAUCGAAAGCGAUAUCGUUGCCGUGUUUUAUUACGCACUCAAUUCUCAAGGAUCCCUAAACAACUUAAAACUAACUGCCCUUCGCACUGUGGCGAUUGGACUCACUUUGACAGUGAGUUUUAGUUCUUGCAUGCACAUCAUACGAAAACUUACUAAGCCGACUGAAUCGCUGUUUGAGGGACUUUCGGAGCGAUAA